AUAUGUCAUUUAUAUUAGUGUAGAUGUUACUUACACUUACACACAAUGAUUUAAGAUUUGUGUGUGAUAAAAUAAUAAUAUGAAUUUCGAUUUAGUGAUGAUUCACUAUUUAAUACUAUUUGUUUGUCUAAAAGGAAAGAAGAUGAAGAUUGGAGGGAACAAUAAUCAGUUAAUUAUUAAUUUGAUAUUCGUACCCGAUUUAUAGUUUGAAAAAAGGGAAUUAAUAAUUAUUAGUUUUUAGAUUAUAUUUUGAUAUUGUUCACUUUCGGCAAAGAUGAGUGGUUGUGUUUCCCUUCCUUCUGAUAUAUUGGAAUCUUUAAUUUGCUCAAAUUGUAGCAACUAUUUGUCUGUAUUUCCAAUUUAUACAAAGAUUGAUAAUUCAGGUGCAUUAUGCGGCCGAUGCAAGGUCGCGGAAGUUGAUAAAUAUUUAAAAGACGAAGCUUACGAAUGCAUAGCUCAAUUUUUAACUUUUCCAUGCAUGUAUACCAAAAACGGAUGCACCGAGAAUCAUAUUCCGACAAAAUUAGAACAGCAUGAACGACUGUGUUCCUGGCAAAAAUUGGGUUGUCCGAGCAAAAAUUAUUCAAAAUGUCAGUGGAUAGGACAUAGAUCUGAUUUAGAGAAACAUUUCGCUUCACAGCAUCCGAAUCUCGUAUUAAAAGAUCGUCAAUUUCGAUUAACUUUCAUAAAUUCACUAGAGGAAACAUAUUUGUUUUCUUAUAUGGAAGAAUUGUUUAUUUUAAAAAAGGAAAUCGACGCCAGGAAAGCGAAUUGCUAUUGUUCGGUACAACAUCUUCAAUCGAGUGAAGAAUCUGAUAGUUUCGGUUACUCAUUAAAAAUUGAGAGCAGUGAUAAGAACUACUUCUUUAAUUGCCCUGAAAAAAGUACUUGCAGUGAUGAAAAGUUGAAUUGCACCCAAAUUACUGCCGAUAUUAUCAAAGAAAAACUCUUUGGAUCGGAUUCAGUUAUAGUUAAUGUCAAUAUUUAUAAAGUUAACAAUGCGGGGCUUGUUUUACAAGAAGAAACAGUUGAAGAUGAUGAUAAAACAAAGGAAAACAGUUUGGAAUUCAAGGUGAAUUGGGACUUAUUGGCAGAAAUGGAAUGUCCAAUUUGCUAUAAUUACAUGCUACCACCGAUAUUCCAAUGUAUCGAUGGUCAUAGUUUAUGCGGAGCUUGUAAAGAAAAUAUAAACGGGAUCUGCGGGAUCUGCAAAAAAGUUGUUAAAGAUACCAGGAACUUUACACUGGAAAAAAUGGCGAACCGUUUACUAUAUCCCUGCAAAUUUCACAAAUCCGGUUGCACUUAUUCGUCUCUAGCAACCGAAAUAAAAGAGCAUCAAAGUAAUUGCAGAUUCGGUCCUCAAGAAUGUCCAUUAAGCGAUUCCACUGAUUGCAGUUGGAGUGGUUUCCAUUCCGCAGUUUUCGCUCACGUGGAAAACAACCAUAACGACGAUAUUCUGCAAGGCGAUAAAAUCGAAAUACCUUUCGAAAGGGAUCGAACUUCCAGCGUGGUGUAUUUGAUCGAACGCAAAAAGAUAAUUUUCAAAUUAUGUUACGAAUUCGACGGAUCGAAAUUUUAUUGGUGCGUGCAGUUGGUUGGAUUUUCGGAGGUAGCAAAAGAUUACAGGUUCGAAGUGGAUUUGAUAGACUUGAGCGGUUCAAAGUUGAGGUUUUAUCAUUUGGGGUUGGUGGUACCGCUCACGAAAUUGGCGGAUUGUUACAAAUGUCCCGGAAAAUUCGUCGUGGCUACGUUGGAACAAGUGGAAAAUUUCGUUACCAAUUCCAUUUGUUUUAGGGUUAACAUUGUUGAAAAAUGAUUCUUUCUAUUCGUUUUAGAAUCAACGUUGUUGAGAAUAUGAUUUUUUUUGUUAUUUUUUCUAUUUUUUAUGCAUAGUUCUUUGUUUUUUUUUUGGGAGUAUCUUACGAGGGCUGUCGAGAAAUUAAGAAAUGAAAUAUUGGUAACAAAAUUAUUGUACACGUCUGAGAAAAUGGUUAUAAUUGGCCAUAAAAUCGAAUCGAAAUUAUAGGGGAGGAAAUCUUUCAAUUAGUCAUUUUAAGUCGGGUAUUGUCGUGAUAAAACUAGUUUUGUACAAUUUUUCGUGAAAAUUGUGUCCCCCCACUCCAUAGACUGUAGUUUUGACUCACAAUCGAUUCAAACCAACGUUUUGUCACCGAUUCAGUUACGAAUCACCAAUAAAGUGUCUAGGAAUAUAUACCGAUAAUUUUCUCAUUAUGAGACAGAUACCAAAAUAUAUAAGAAAUCAACGAUGUCGAACAUUUUUUACUUUCUUAAAAACCCUUGUAUAUCGUUUAUUUUAUUUCGACAAUAUAUAUUUAGUUUUAAUAGUUUUUAAAUCAUGUAUAAUGUUCCAAAUAAAAAAUAAACGUAUAAAACUGUUUUUAUUUUCAAUUUUUUUAAAAAUAAUCUCGUGCGUAGCGCUGAAGCCUCUCCUGUACGUGGUUAGUUUCUAAGCAAACAUAUCGAUAGAAAUUGACUGUAAAAAACUUUUAUUCAAUGAACAAUCGAUUGUAAUGUUCUUAUAAUAAUUCCCGACUGAUUAAACCGAAAAAAAAGUUCGAAUUCACGCUUACUUUGAAGGAAAUAUUAUAUACGAUUUGUUACAUUUUAUAUAGUAUUACUUUAACUGGAAUAAUUGAAGGAGUUAAUAAUCUAUCUUUAUCUAUUAUAUAAGAAUCCAUUCUGUCAUUAUAAACAGCCGAGAGAAUAUAGAAUCGUGAACGAUCGUUUGACGUCGUUCUGUCAUUGUUUUUCGAUCGAAAUAGUUCAUGAGAAAUUAAUUCAUAGGUAUUAAACUAUUAAAAAUUAAACUAUUAAUUUUGUGUCUUGUUGUAUGCUUUUAAAAUAGACAAAAUUAAUCGAUUACGAAUUCGAAAUGCAGUUCUUGAAUGUAUUGCUGUAGAAAAUUCUAAAUCACGGAAUUUCAUGUUGAAACGAUUGAUAAAUUAGAUGUCAUUGAACUGAGUAACAAAGAACAGCGCCGGACUGAUUCGAAUUAGAAUAAAUUAGUAUUUAUUCAAAAAAUAAUGAAAAUAUACAGUAAAUAGAAAUAAAUAUAGUUAUGAUUGUAAAUUGUAUAUUAAAAAAAAUAGUACCGUA